AUGGCACAACAGUUUCUUAGGCAACAUUUGGAUAGGAUGCCGAUCCAGACAGUAGCAACUUUCUAUCAAGACCGUAUCCAAUUCAACCCGGAAGGUUUGCGGUUCGAGCUAUUUUAUCGCGACAUUAAUCAAUUUUUCAAGUGUGAAGAAAAACCAGGCGUUUUUAUGAUUUACGUGAUUAAUACCGAAGUGGAUAUGCAUACAUUUGAGAGUUAUCAAUGCCGUGACCAAACGGAACUGUUGGAAAUCCACGCACUUAUUAGCGCCGCGAUGAUGAAUAAGCAGCAACACCUGCGCGGAUCUGACAGAGUGCCGACCAGUCCGUCGCUGCCGAUAAGGAGUCGGAGAUCAUCUUCGCCGCCAGCUAACAACGUUCCAUCCGGAUAUAUGCGACAAGUCAGUGUUGGUUCCCGUUCCCCUCGCUCCCACUCAGAUGAUCGGUAUAGAUCAGGACGUGAGUUGUCUAUCCCACAUAAAGUAGUUAAAGAGGUGGUCGUCGAAGGUACGAAGCAGCCAAUGAUGCAGUCAAGAAACUCGGGUUUUUACCAAUCAGCAGUACACAGAAGGAGAUCGCCUGGUAACGAACAACCGGUCUACACUAGGUCAGUUUCUAUGUCAAGACCACAAUCCCAAAUGUCAUCCGAACCGAUUUUUUUGAUUGGAAAAAGGCCGAGGAUACAGCGAAAGGAUAAAUUUUGUAAUGAAAAGGUACCCAUAUUUCAUAGAGAACCCCAUAUAAUCCAGACCAAGGGUCGGCAGUCCAGACUCGAUCCUGUUGAGCUGGUGCGACUAGUUCAAGCUCAACCCACUGGUAGGAAUAAUCCGGGAAGCCAAUGGUCUUUUGUCGAGGUGCCACAACCUCAACCCCAAACGCUUCAAACGGUUUCAAAACAAUAUGCGGGACCUCAGAAAGCAGGGACGACUGGUGAAGAGGUACUACUAUCUGCGCCGCAACGUUUACAAACCUUCCCAUAUUCAUUUGUGAAGAACCCCGCAGUUUUGCCACCUGAUGAGGUUGUUCAUCGUUCAAACGAAAAGGGUCCUUUAUAUUCGAUUCCAGGCACGGCUCCUUUGUAUCCUGAAGUACAAACGACGAAGCCACGUGACCUUACACCUGAUAACACUCAGCUGGUCAGAUUAUACAGAAAAAGUGUCAUUGGGCCACAUCAGAAGCAGUACCAAGAAGUGUAUCAGAAGCCAAGAACGGAAAUGCUAAUGUCAGAUGUGCGGAACGGCUGGACGGCUUCGCAGGCGGUAUCCACACCUGUAGUCAAAAAGCUGGUCACUUUAGAGCCCGUGUAUAUCAGUCCUCUACAACCUGUGAAAACCGAGAAUCACAUGGACCAGCAACUGGUUCAGCCGGUGGUGCUUCGCAGCCCCCCAGUAACGAGUAAAACACCUCCUCCAAACAGAUAUUCUUACCAUAUCAAUGGUAAUUGGAGAACGAAAUCACAACCAAACGUGUCAGUCGUGUACGACGACAGGCCAAGACGAGUAAUUUUCAACCAUUCCAGUGCAGAAAGACUUGACUUUCUCGGUCGUCAGAACGAGGCAGCCUACGUCACGGAAACAUCAAUUCCAGUGGGACUUGUAAAUAAAUCACCCAACACUUUUGUUUGGGAAGAAUCGACUUCAUCACCACAUCGGGUAACGGUACGCAACAGAAACAGCACCACACCUCCCAAUGGUGACCCGAUUCUCUCGGCUAAAAAGUCCCAUCUAAUUCACUUGACACCAAAUACUGUGGGUGGCCCAGUCAUCAGCGAUGACGGUCCAGUUUACAUGUAUGCUGAACGGUCAAGACAUCAAUCCGGACAUCAGAACUCUCACUAG